AUGGUGUACUGCGGCAAGCCGAGUAAAGGAUGCGGCAAUUGUCGCAGCAGGAAAAUCCGCUGCGAUCAAGCCCGGCCAGCGUGUGCGCAAUGUAUUCGUGCUAAGAAAGAAUGUCCGGGAUAUCGAGACCAAUUGUCGUUGAUGUUUCGCGAUGAAAGCAGGUCCGUCAUCCGAAAAGCCACAGUCGAGGUGGGCGCCUCACCGUCCAUCGGGCCCAAAGCCAAAGGGCCGACUGUCCGAUCGCCUCGCACUGAUUGCCCGGGUGGGAAAAAGGGGAGCACUGGGCCAGUCGGUAGGGCAAUGCGUCCGCGGGACCCAAUCCAUCAGUCAGUGGAUCGCCGCGCCUCCGCUUUCUGCUCUCUAUCACCAGAGGUCCAACCGCCGGCUGAAGCGUCCAGGGAAGAAGCGAUAUGCUUCUUUCUACGGGGGAAUGCCAUCCCGGGGAACGUCUGGGCGGGAGAGUUUGUCGAACGGUUCAUGGACGAUCCAAGUCCCACGCCGAGUAAGAGAGCCAUGCAGUCCAGCUUGCUUGCAGUCUCCUCGGCGAUGCUGUCCCGAGCUCGGAAGAAACGAUCACUCCAACGCCUGGCACAAGAGGAAUACGUGUCGGCCCUGAACUUACUGAACACGGCCUUGGCUGAUGUGAAAGAAGCCAAGACAAAUCAAGCCUUGGGGGCGGUCAUUCUGCUUGCCAUUUAUGAGAUCAUCUGUUCUAGAGCCCCUAAAGAUAUUGAUCAAUGGACAAGACACAUCACAGGAGCAACGGCUCUGCUACAUCUACGAGGUCCUGACCAGUUGAAGACAGAGAUUGGUCUCCGGCUCUUCCUGCACCUGCGGUAUCAGAUCAGCAAUCGCUUGAUCAUGAUCAUCGGCCGACUGGCGAGUCUUCGUGCGGACCUGCGCGAGGGCAUCGUAACCGAUAGUCACGAGGUCCUAGCAAUUACUUCUAGACUAGAAGCCGAUCUGGUUGCUUGGCUAGCCACUUUGCCGCCCGAGUUUAAUUACCAAACAGAGACAGUGAUCCCUUACGACAUCUUGUUCCAGGAACGCCGUGGAGGACUGGUCCCCUACGAUGACCAAUAUCACGAGUACCCCAAUCUAUGGAUCUCCAACACGUGGAAUCACUAUCGAUGCACACGGAUCAUUAUCAAUGAAAUUGCCCUAGAACACAUUCGAAAAUUGGCCAUGUCCUCGACGAAUGCAUCUCUCUCGGAAGAGAUAUGGCAACAGGGCAAAGCACAACGGAUCAACAUCCGGCGACUAGCAGUCGACAUAUGCCGUAGCGUACCGUACAUCUUGGGUGCCCUGCCAAACAGUCGAUCGCACGCUGCUCUUCCCCUUGAAAGAUUCAUGGGUGGACUGACCGUACUGUGGCCGCUCUUUCUCGCCGGGAUUGUCGAGCGUCCAAAUCAUGCACUGCGUCGCUGGGUCAUCCAGUGCCUUAGGCUCAUCGGUCACAGUUUCGGGUUUGAUCAGGCCCUCGCGACGAUGGACAUCGUGGCUGCUGAUGCAGGUAUCCUGCGAGAAGUUGACGAUCAUGAUGUGGCCGAAGAGUGCCCCUCACCCGUGUCAAUGGGCACUCCACCGAUUAUGCCGGAUGUACACUACACGCAGAUUCCGGCCUCGGAAGAAACCAUAAUUUGA